GGGCAAAGGAGCCGACCAAGCAGCCGGCGAGACCGCGCGCAAGCCGUCCUAGUGGCCGCCCCACCCCCAGAAGUGGAGAAGCCGUCCCAGGCACCGGGAACCGUUGGGAGGCAGGCGAUGUACACAGACCAGGACUUGCAGAUUGCCACGACUGAAGCUCGCAGCAAGGCUGAGAACCCAGGAGGGUGGAAGAGCUCCUUCGAUGAGGCUGCGUUGCACGUCCGAGACUUCUUCCAGGACCUGAGGAAAAGCCGAGAUCGCGAGAAAGGCCGGCAAGCAACUGGUCCCCUUUGGCUUCAUUUGUCUGCACAGGCAAAGAAUCUGGCAGACCAACUCAACCUGCAACAGCUCCUCGAGGUGCUCAAGCUAUUCUGCUCCGUCCGCUACGAGGACUACGAGCUGUACAUGCGCUUGCUUGGCGAGGUGCCGCACUACAUCAAGCAGGCCACCGCGGAACAGCUUUGUCAGCUUCUUCGACUCAUGGCGCGUCGGCGCCUGCGGGAGCGGAACUACGUAGACAUGGCUGUCGCGCACCUGCUGGGCAGCAUCCGCUUCUCUGAGGAGCCGUUACCCAGCAGGCUUCUGGUCAAGACUGCCAAUGCGCUUGCGGCGUUGGAGUGCCGGUCGCAGCCCAAGUUCGUCGAACACUUCAACCGGCACUUUGAGCAUCGCAUUGAGGAGCUGGAUGCAGAGCUUUGCUGCAUGGUUUCGCCAGUCUUCCUGGUGAACUACAUGGGCGAUGCUCUGCGGCGUGCCUUCCUGAAACGCUGCGCAGAGGUUCAGGCGGGCUUUAGUGGCGGUUUCCCCAUCCGCGCCCUGGCCUGCAUGGAGCUGGCACUCCGAAAGGAGCAGCAUUCGCUUGUAGCCUCACUGCCGCCCUUUGUGGUGCGCUACCUGGAGAAGGUGCGCGCACAAACGGACUUCGACAAGUAUGGUUCUGUAGUGAUGCCAACAACUGUGGCGCCAGAUGGUCCCAGAGGCGAUGACCGCCAAGAGCUCUCUGUUGCGCUCCUGCGGAAGGCCGCGACAACCUCCAGCAACAAUGCUGGAGAUGUUUUUAGCUCCGAGAUGCACCGCGACGUGAGCGCGUGUUUGAGCCACCUGGGCAUUGAGCACGAGAAUGGGGUGGUCACUGGUCCCUACCUCAUGGACGUGGUCGCGAAGGACAUGGUCAAUCCUUCCCGGCGAAUUGUCUACGAGGUGAAUUCGCCGCACCACUUUUACGAGGGUACGAAGGCCCUCGUGGCGGAGAAGCGGCUGCGGCACCGCCUCCUCGGCCGCCUGGGACAUACGCUCCACAUGGUCAAUGCCCAUGACUGGAGGCCUUUGUCCGCUGCCGCGAAGAUGACUUUCUUGCUGAAAAUACAGCAGGAGCAGCAGGACAAGCACAGCGAGGAGUACAAACAGAAGGCCGCCGCAAACGUCGCACGCGCUCCGGAAGCUGCGAA